AUGGGUGGAAAAACUAGAAUCGCGUAUUUUUACGACGAAGAGGUAGGCAAUUUCCACUAUGGUUUAGGACAUCCUAUGAAACCCCAUAGAGUACGUAUGACUCACGACUUAGUAACCCAAUAUGGGUUAACUGAAAAGCUUGAUGUAAUGAUCCCAACUCCAGGUACUAGAGAAUCUCUAACGAGGUUUCAUUCAAAUGACUAUGUGGAUUUCCUCAGAACUGUAAACACUGACAAUAUGCAUGAUUAUUCAGAUCACUUAGCUAGGUUUAAUGUUGGUGAAGAUUGUCCAGUUUUUGAUGGAUUAUGGGAAUUUUGCCAGUUAUCAGCUGGUGGAUCUUUAGGGGGUGCUCAAUCUGUGAAUGAACUAGGUUAUGAUUAUGCUAUAAAUUGGGCUGGAGGUUUACAUCAUGGUAAAAAGCACGAAGCUAGUGGUUUUUGUUAUGUUAAUGAUUGUGUCUUAGGAGCUUUGGAAUUUCUCAAGUAUCAGCAUAGAGUAUGUUACAUAGAUAUAGAUAUUCAUCAUGGUGAUGGUGUUGAAGAAGCUUUUUAUACAUCUCCACGUUGUAUGUGUGUUUCAUUUCAUAAAUAUGGAGAUUAUUUCCCUGGAACUGGAGCUAUAAAUGAUGUUGGAGUUGAAGAGGGACUUGGAUAUUCCGUAAAUGUACCACUAAAAGAUGGUGUAGAUGAUGCCACAUUCAUUGACUUAUUUACUAAGGUUAUGACUCUUGUCAUGGAAAAAUAUAGACCUGGAGCUAUUGUAUUGCAAUGUGGAGCUGAUUCUUUAUCUGGGGAUAGAUUAGGUUGUUUUAACCUUUCUUUGAAGGGUCAUGGUUAUGCUGUUUCUUUUCUUAAAAAAUUCAAAAUUCCAAUGCUCAUACUAGGAGGAGGGGGUUACACUUUGAGAAAUGUACCUAAAUGUUGGGCAUAUGAAACUAGUCUUAUUGUGGAUACUUAUAUUGAUGAACAACUACCGAAUGCAUCUAACUUUUAUGGGUAUUAUGGUCCUGAUUUCUCCUUGGCUGUUAGAACAUCAAAUAUGGAGAAUCUUAAUUCAAAAAAGGACUGUGACAAUAUAAUACAACAAAUUUCUGAAAACUUUAGGGAAUUUGUUUUACCUGUAGGGGGUCACUUAUCAUGCUAUGAUAUUCCAGAUAAACUUCCAUUAUUAUAUAAUUCGGGAAUUAAAGAUGAAUAUAUAAAUGAUGGAGGUGAUCCUAGAAAUGACAUGCACACUGAUUUAAAGGAUGACAUGGAAGAUUUUCAUCAUGUAGAUUAUAAUGACAGAAAUUUAGGUUAA